UCCACUACACACCUUGGUGACGAAUCGGUUUCUGUGUACGUGUUUUUCGCCCCGAUGUUUUGCGACGGGCAGCAAGUUUGCGAGUAAUUUAUUCACCGAGAAAAGUAAAUAGAAUCGUGGUUUACUACUUGGCAAGUGUUCUAGCGUUCCAUCGGUUCGGGCAAACAGCGCACACCGUUAAUUGUGUAUCCGUGCGAACGGCAUUUAAUCAUUAGCCCAACAUUUGCCGGAACCCAUAUCGCUCAUUGCCGAUUUGGACGGAUGCGAUGUGUCAGUGAUCUGCGUGCUUCGUUGCGCUAGGCCUUCUGAUGCUACCAAAACAAAUCUGUCCGUCCUGGUUGUUCCGGUUCCAUCGGCAAUAGCUUGCAUAUGCGGUGCAUCGCCCACUGGCCAGUCCAUUGAACGUGCAGAGUCAGCCAGUUGGGCAGUAAAAUAGUUCCGUACGAAAGCAAACCAAGAUGAGGUGGUCGUCCUAUCGAACGGUGGGGUGGUGGUACGUCGUAGCGGUUGUUGCCUCACUGAUUGUCACCUACGUCGCGGCAGAUGAGCAUAAUCAUAUGUACGAAGACCACGAGGAGGUUGUACUAUGGAUGAAUACAGUUGGCCCGUACCACAAUCGGCAGGAGACGUACGCAUAUUUCUCGCUCCCAUUCUGUGUCGGUGCCAAACAAUCGAUCAAUCACUACCAUGAGACCAUGAGUGAGGCACUCCAGGGAGUUGAGCUGGAGUUCAGUGGGUAUGACAUCGAUUUUAAGGAUGACAUAAGCCCAACGGAGAUCUGUAUGGUGGAUCUCUCCGAGGAGAAGCACAAAGCGUUCGUGUACGCGGUAAAGAACCAGUACUGGUAUCAGAUGUAUAUUGACGAUCUGCCUAUAUGGGGUGUGGUAGGAAAGGAGGAAGAAAAGAAGUACUACAUCUACACACACAAAAAGUUUGACAUCAGCUACAAUGGCAAACAGAUCGUGGACGUAACGCUCACACCGGAGCGCAAGGAACUGCUCCGGGUGGGAGCAAAGAUUAAGUUUACGUACGAAGUGAACUGGAAGCCAAGCUCGGUUAAGUUCGAGGAUCGGUUCGACAAGUAUCUGGAUCCGAACUUUUUCCAGCAUCGCAUUCAUUGGUUCAGCAUCUUCAAUAGCUUUAUGAUGGUAAUAUUCCUUGUCGGGCUAGUCUCGAUGAUUUUGAUGCGUACGCUGCGUAAGGAUUAUGCUCGUUACAGCAAGGAUGAGGAAGCUGACGAUAUGGAACGCGAUCUAGGCGAUGAGUAUGGGUGGAAACAGAUACACGGUGACGUAUUCCGACCAGCAUCGAAUGCGAUGCUCUUUUCUGCCUUAAUCGGUGCCGGCUAUCAACUUACUUCGGUAGUGCUGUGUGUCAUUACGUUCGCAAUAUUGGGUGAACUUUAUACGGAGCGUGGUUCUAUGCUGUCGACGACAAUUUUUGUAUAUGCCGCAACUUCCCCUAUUAAUGGCUACUUUGGCGGAUCGCUGUACGCACGGAUGGGUGGAAAGCAAUGGAUAAAACAAAUGCUAAUGUCCGCCUUCAUUGUACCAGCGCUUGUGUGUGGAACUGCUUUCUUCAUUAACUUCAUUGCAAUCUAUUAUCACGCGUCGCGAGCAAUUCCCUUUGGAACAAUGGUUGCCGUCACCUGUAUCUGCAUAUUCGUGAUUCUACCGCUAACACUGAUCGGUACAAUUGUUGGACGCAAUCUGGAUGGCCAACCCGACUAUCCAUGCCGGGUAAAUGCUGUACCGCGUCCAAUACCCGAAAAGAAAUGGUUUAUGGAACCGGCUGUGAUUAUACUUCUGGGUGGAGUGUUACCAUUCGGGUCGAUAUUUAUCGAAAUGUACUUCAUCUUUACUUCGUUUUGGGCGUACAAAAUCUACUACGUGUACGGUUUCAUGCUGCUCGUGUUCCUGAUCCUCAUCAUUGUGACCGUCUGUGUGACGAUCGUUUGCACCUACUUCCUGCUAAAUGCGGAAGAUUAUCGAUGGCAGUGGACUAGCUUCAUGUCGGCAGCAUCCACCUCGAUAUAUGUGUAUAUGUAUUCAUUCUAUUACUUCUUCUUUAAAACGAAGAUGUAUGGACUAUUCCAAACAGCGUUCUAUUUCGGCUACAUGGCCCUGUUUUCCGGUGCGCUAGGUAUCAUCUGCGGGACAGUAGGGUACUUCGGUACAAAUCUCUUUGUGCGAAAGAUAUAUUCCAAUGUAAAGAUUGAUUAAGCUAAUCUUUCCUACUUCAUGUCGGUGCUCACGCACGCACACACCGAUCGUUGAGCAACUUGAACUGCGUACAUUGUUUAAAAGGUGUGACAUUCGUGACGAUCGGCAGUACGAUACGAUACGUUAUAUGCUGAUGGUUCUUCUGAUUUAUAAAGAUUAACUGAAAACAAAAAACAAAAAGAAACGCAUUGCUGGAUGGAUGUUGCGUACUAAACCUUUGAUAAUCUUCUGAGUAAUCCAUGCUUCAGUUUAAUGUUCUACCUUUAAUGUAUCAACCGUCACGAUGUACUAACAGAGUGGAACAGGAAGGAAUAUAUAUAUGUGUGUGUGUAUUGUCCAAAACAGGUGUUACUUGAAAACUAUUUGAAGGGAAUAAGCUUAUGAUUCGGAAGGGAGUCUUUGUCAAAGUGUCGAGCUUGUACGGGAUGAAGCGAAUCAUUGUUUAGAGAUGGAAAGGCAGCAUUUGUAACCGGAUGCUUUAUCGUAUUUUGUGCUAAGUGUCAUGAGACGGAAACGGUAAACAAAUAUGUAAUCUUUAUUGAAUAGCAAUCAGUUCAGAGUCAGGAAUGUUUGUUUUCGGAAGAGGCAAACUCUUGCUGUUCCGGUCACAAUGUUGUGUAGUGUUUUGCGAUGUGCUGAACUUUAACUUCAAAUCCUAUAAGAUACGCUACGGUAUCACGAUGCAGGAUUAAGCACACUUUUUUUAUUUAUAGUCAUACACGGCAAAUUGUUGAACGCAACAUUACUGGCACAAGGCACACGCGAACGAGGUUUGUGCUGAUUAGUUCGUUUGAUUUGGUGUAUUUGUUCCCAGUUUUUCUUUUAUGAUUUUCGAAAGUUUAGGCUCCAGAAACGGGGGAGUGUUCUAUGUUGCCUUAUUCAGCGUUAUUCCUAUAGUAACCAUUCAUGGAAAGUCGUGCAGAAAAGGCGUGCGAGUUUGACUGUAUAUGCAACCGACAGAAGAAGAACGGUGAGGAACCGUACGGUGGUUAGUCGUGAAGAAAAAGCCAACAGUAACACCAUCUCUUACCACCUGCAAUGGAGUUUGCUACGUUCCAGUAUCGCAGUAUGUAAACUAUUAUUUUUUUGUUUUUAAUUUGAACGAGGAUUGAGAUAGCUUACUGAAAAUAGAACUGAAAAUGAAUUCGAUAGAAGGUGAAUCCUCCGUAAACCAAA